GUUACAGCGCUUGUUUAUGGAAAACAGACGGGAGACAAGAGUCAACCACCUGUGCCAAUUAGCUAUCUAGCAUGCUCUGAACACCUCUGUGUAAUGUAUUUGUGCAACUCGGGAAGUGUCGUUUUGUCGGAUGGAGACACCCAUAGCUGUAUGGAUCUGUGCAAAACUGACAAAUAUAAGCGCCCACAUGUUAAACUUCUGCAAUAAUACAUGAGGCCGUGAGAAGCUGAGGACAUGAGAAGCUGACAAAUAAAACCACCCACACCUCAUGCUGUAUGAUCACCCUCAUCCGACGCUUGAGCUGGCAGGCAGACCACGCAACGUCAUCCCGUUACGUGUAUGAAUACACGGAAGGAGGAGGAACGUGGGAUUAAACCGACUCCUGAAUCCUGUCUCUUUUCAACAAUAUUUUUUCCAUAGAGAGGAACUUUGAGAGAAUACAGAAUUGACCCUGAUGUCAUCCCAGUAACUGCGCUUGAGAGAUAUGGCGAGCUGUGGUGAGGUAGACCACACUGUGGACUCUGUGUCCUCCUCUAAGGUGGAAGACGGAGGGGACGCCUGUACUGGUGACUCCCCCACCUCCCCUAAACCUUCCGCCAACCCCUUGCCGGAGUGUGCCAUCUGCCUCCAGACCUGUGUCUACCCGGUUCGCCUGCCCUGCUGCCACGUCUUCUGCUUCCUGUGCGUUAAAGGAGCCUCCUGGCACAGCAAGCGCUGUGCUCUCUGCAGACAGGAAGUACCUGAGGACUUCCUGGAGCAUCCCACCCUGCUGUCCCCAGAGGAGCUGAAGGCAGCAGCUGCAGGGGGGCGAGGAGGAGCCAGCCCGAGGAGCGCUGGGGGAGACAAUGCCUGGUACUACGAGGGGAGGAAUGGAUGGUGGCAGUACGACGAGAGGACCGGCCGUGAGCUGGAGGAUGCCUUGGCCAAGGGCAGGAAGCGUGCCGAGAUGCUGAUUGCUGGCUUCCUGUAUGUGGCUGACCUGGAGAACAUGGUGCAGUACCGCCGCAACGAGCACGGUCGCCGCCGCCGCAUGAAGCGUGACGUGGUGGACAUUCUUAAAAAGGGUGUAGCCGGACUCAGACUGGACCCUGACCCCGCCCCGCCAGUAGUUGCCAUGGCAGCUGUUCUGGUCACAACAGCGACAGUGGAGCGGUCAAGCUCUGCUGACGGGGAGGAUGUGACUGGACGGUCACAGGCGGGUCGCUCAGGGGUUCUCAUCCCAGCUCCUCCUGUCAGACCCCCUACAGUCCUGGGGGCCCACCCUGCCACUCCAGCCUCCAUCUCCCUGGAAGACUCUCUGUCCCAGCUCCUCAUCAGCCAACCAGAGGGGGAAGAAGAGAAGGAUGAAGAGAAGGUAACUUCAAGCAUGAGCCAGGUGCACGAGUCAGCAUCUGGUAGCAGUGAGGGUGAGGAUGGUGAUGAGGUAGGCCAGGGGUGGGACAGGGAGAGUGGGGGACGAGAAGUAGGAGUUCGACGGAGGAGCAGAUACAGACUCCUACAGCGGUGGCUCAGGGAGGUCCAGCCUGACAGACUGCCACCUGGUGGUGGGUCCUCCAGCGGAGGCCUUACUGUGCGCUCACGCAGCCCUGACGGUCAGUGCAGUGUCACUGAGGUGUGACCACAACUGGACCACUCUCUGCACUCAUCCCAGUUCAGCAAAAAAAAGCAUUCACUUCAUGCCCAUGGUGGUAGUGAAGAACCCAGGGGAAGAUGGCAGAUCAGCCAUUUGCAUUACAUAUACAGUUCAGUCAGCCACAUAGGCUAAUCAAUAGUUUCUAAUAAUACGUCAGCCAGCAAAAUAUGCAACAUUGCACACAAUGAACUAGCCCAUACUGCUCCACUGUCUGCCACUGUAACCGUUUGAGCCCAUGUUAUUAUGGUUAACCAUGCAUUGGUACUAAAUAUUUGAAGAGAAAUGGUGAAAUGAUAAAGGUUUGAGAUUUGGUGGGGAUUUAACCUUUUAAAUGUAGCAUCCCAUCUCUAACCGGAGGCAAAAAGUAAUUAUAUUGUUUUGUUGUACAUUGUUUUUUGCUGUAAGGAAUGUAUUUUCUAAUCUCCAUUGAAAGAGUUUGUGUGUGCGUGCUUUUUUUGUCUGUGUAUUGAGGUCAUAUUUCAUCUUAAUAUAAAAAGUGUGUGCUUGUGUUGUGAGUGAAAGGUGAUGAGAGCCUACUGGUAGUGAGGUCUUGAGUGUAGAGACGAGUGACGAUUUCUAUUACUUGUUCUAGUAUUCUAUGGAAACAGUAUGGAUGGGAGAUGUAUUGUUAGUGUUAACGAGUCUGUUUUGAAGUUUAAACCUAUUAUUUGAACUCUUCUGUCAACAAAAAAGUAUUUUUGACUUAUUUAAUAUGAUUUAACGUAUGUGUGUGGUCUCUUUGUUUAUCUGUUUUCUCAAAAACAAUAAACUUAAUCUAUUUGACAUUAAUUGAAAAGUAAUGAGUUCAAUUUUAUUGGUAACUUAAAGGGAAUAUGACAAUUAUUGGAAGGUGAUAGCUAUUACAUAUGCAUAUGGCUUUGGGUGAUACAGUAUGUCCAGUGUGCAUCAGUGUUGUGACUCAGCAUUGUGAAUUUACACCCACAAGGUUUUUUUUAUUAAACAUUUUUGACCAGGCAGGUCAAUUUUAGACCAAAGUCUAACAUCAGCUCAGUAGGUGGAAAUGAUGGGAAAUGCUAUAUCAAGAGACUUCCUCAUUCAGAUGAAAAAUGACAAAAUUAAACAGGUGAUGAGAAAUGGAUGGAAAAAGAUGGUUAACCUGUGGUUACUUGGAGGCAUGAGACAAACUCCAUGACUUGUCUUUUCAUAAAGUAUAAAGCAGAAACCUUUGCAUGACAAAGA